GUCACGUACCAUAACCACCAGAGACGCACACGCUGGCCAUGGCGGAGGCGAGGAGAUUAUUUUCUCCAUGAGGAGACUAAAUACUGUUUAAAUAAACUGUCAUAAUAAACUGUGAUGGUGAUGUGUGUGUAGGGCCUAAGGUUGUUGGUAAAGCACACGUCGUGAUGUGUCAAUCGAAGGUUUUGCUAGGCUUAGGAUGGAUUUUAUGUUUUACGUCCUUUGCCUCUUUUAUGGUGGAGGCAGGUCUAUUGACUGAACGCAAGGUCAGACAGGACACCUUAAGUAGAAUAUGUGAAGAUGGAUGCUCACCUGGCCAGCAAGUAAAUGAGGAUUGCUGUAAAGGAAGUAAAUGUACAGAAAGUGAAUAUUGUCAAGAUUGUGUAGGUGAAACUUACUCACAAGGUGGGAGGCAUGAUAUUUGCCAAAGUUGUACGAUAUGUCCGGCAAAUGCAGAUGAACUGAAGAAAUGUACAAAAGAAAGGGAUGCACAAUGCCAGUGUAUGCUGAACUACUUCAAGAGCCCUUCAGAACAGUGUCUGCAUUGUAACACUUGUACUGGAGAAGCUUAUUGUAAAGAUGUCUGUAGUUCAACUCCACCACCAAACAACCCUAGUACAACUACAAACCAGCCUAGUAAAACUACUGGCACUGGUGUUAGAACGAUUACCCCACCUACCUCAGUUACCCCAACAAGUUUAGGGAUGAUAACAUCAUCAUCAAGUGUCUUCUCGACGGCAGUUCUACAGGUCGAUCCCGAGACAAAACGUUGUAUUGAAAAGCUUGAAUGCAUAAUUCCUGUUAUUAUAGUGGUAAUACUUGUUAUUCUUAUUAUUACUAUCAUAUCAUGGUCGUAUUGCCUGUCUCAGGAGUGCAAGGAAUUCUUGGCAGGUUGCUUUCCUUGUUGUCAUGGGUUUCGUAGUUUUGAGGGCUCAUCACCAAGAAGUAAGUUCAUAAAUUUGUAAUAUUAUAAUAAGAGU